AUGAGCGACCACGGGGACGAGGAAGACCGCCGUCUCUUGGAUGAGCCCUCCCCAUCUCACGAAUACGACGUCGAAACAAAGAGUCCGCCUGGCCGACCAGCAGCCUCCUCGAUAUGGACUACGCUAGGGUUUGUCCUCGUUGUCAUGCUUCUGGCGAUGCCGUUGCUGGGGUACGUGCGUCAUCUGGCGUCGGCCUCACCCCCCCGUCCGUCCGUGAAGCAGCUUGCUAUCGCACUGGACCCCGAGAAGCAUGUAUCGCGAAGCGCAGCGACACGCGAGUUUCAUUGGAAUGUGACUCUGGGAGCCAUGGCGCCAGACGGCGUUGAGAAGCAAGUCUAUCUCGUGAAUGGUGCGUUUCCGGGCCCGACUAUCGAAGCCCGCUCUGGGGACAGGAUUGUUGUCCACGUGCACAACAACCUCGCAGACCAAGGCCUUGCGAUACACUGGCAUGGCCUGCAAAUGAAGGGUUUCAACUCCAUGGACGGCGCAAUCGGAUUCACGCAGUGCCCCAUUGCCGCGGGCCGUGACUUCAAGUACGACUUCAAGCUUGGCGAUCAUGAGCACGGCACCUUUUGGUGGCACAGCCACGCUGACGUCCAGAGGGGUGAUGGCUUGUACGGGGGAUUCAUCGUUCACCAGCCUGGUCUUCGACCCAAGCACAAGGAGGCCCUCCUCCUCGUAGGCGACUGGUUCCAUCGCAAGCAGACCGACGUCUUCAACUGGUACUUUGACUGGGGAAGUGUGGGAAACGAGCCAGUCCCCGACUCUCUACUCGUCAAUGGCCGCGGCAGGUACAAUUGCUCCAUGGCCGUUCCAGCACGCCCGGUAGUCUGCGCAGAGCUAUCCAGCGAGCAGCUGCUGCCGUUGCUGCACCGAAAACCCAAGGACGCAGUCAAGCUGAGGGUGGUGAAUACCGGGACCGUCGCCGGUCUGAGCCUCAAGGCGGACGGAGCGACGAUGCAGCCCAUAGCCGUUGACGGCGGCUUCGCGGUUGAGGGACAACCCGGUCGCUCGGUGGGCGUUUUGUAUCCCGGCGAAAGGGUAGAUCUUCUGGUGAGCUGGGAUGGCGUUGACGAACAGAACCACCAGUUUCAUGUUGAGCUGGAUGACGAGAACUUUGGCGGGUUCCCAAACCCAGCCCUGGACCCAAAUCACAGCUUCCGCGUCUUCCCUCCCAGCCCGCGAACCAGGCAGGAAAACAGUCCUGCUAUCCUCUCACCCGACUGUCAAGACCGCCUUCUCGCCAAUCUCACGGCCGCCUCGGCGACCUCGACUGAUCAACUGCCCCUCAAGGCCCAGGAAACAAUGGUCUUGUACUUGAAAACGCAGAUGCUUUCCCGCUUCCAGAAUAAGCCCAUGGGAUUUGUCAACAACACCUCUUGGGAACCCCAGAAUCCGCCGCUUUUGGCAACAGACCGCAGCCUCUGGGACGCAAACCAAUUCAUCCCCUUUAUCAACUCUUCCAGCACGAGGGAUGUCGACAUAGUGAUAAACAAUCUGGAUGAUGGGGCACACCCCAUCCAUCUCCACGGAUACUCCUUCUACGUCCUAUCGUCGUAUAGGGCAGAGGGCCGAGACGGCUGGGGCAGCUACAACCCCUUUGAGUCGAGGCCCCCUGUGCCGCUCAAUCUCGUGAACCCCGUUCGAAAAGACACUGUCAGCGUGCCGAGAAGAGGACAUGCGGUUAUUCGAGUGAGAGCAGAUAAUCCAGGCGUGUGGAUGAUGCAUUGCCAUAUGCUCGUGCACAUGGCCACGGGCAUGGUCACGGGGCUGCAUGUGGAGGACGAAGAGAAGCAUCAUCCAAAACAAACGUCGACCAUAGACAGCAAACCAUUUUCCCAAAUCGCCAUCGUGGGCGUAGGAGCAGUCAGCGGCGCAGCUGCAUUUGCGCUCGUCAUUUCCUCCAUAGCCCGCGAGCUGCUCCUCGUCGAUAUCAACACAACGCUGAGAGACGCCCAGGUUCGUCAUCUGUCCGACGUGGCGUACAGUUCCAACGGCGCGACGCGUGUGCGAGCGGCCACGCACCACAAGGCAGGGCAGUGCGACAUCGCCAUCAUCACUGCCGCCUCAAAGAGGGUAUUGGGUACCAGCCUCACCUCUGAAAAACACCCCAUAGCUUUGUGGCUGACACAACACGGUGUUGACUCGGGCUCGUGA